CUCUCUCUCUCUCUCUCGGCUGUACGUUUACGGUAGUCUCUCGUGCAGAUUACAAAGAGGAACCUACACAGUGAGCGCGCGAGGCACAUUGUACUGCUACGCUACGCAAUGUAGCGAAUCGCCGCCGUAACGACACGAAAGUCCAGUUUCACCGGACCGGACUGAAGUGAACUAUGCCCAGCGCCGACCGAACCUCAGCCGAACUCGAGAGGAACUCCUUCUUACACGGCGACAUGGCGGAGAGGUUCGGCGACGGGAACACCCUCAGCGUGCCGACGGUCAUGCGUAGAGGUGGCUCAGAGAACUGUUUAGACCUGGACACGACAGACCUGGCGGGACGAGACGUCUCACGAUCGCAUCCUGCACUGGACAGCUUGCAACAGAAAAUACUGAAGGUCAAGGAGCAGCUGCGAAUCGAGCAAAAUCUACAGGAUGAAAACGUGGCCGAGUACCUCAAACUCAUCGGCAGCGCCGACAAGCAGCAGAGCAGCCGCAUCAAACAAGUGUUCGAGAAAAAGAACCAGAAAACGGCGCACAACAUCGUUCAACUUCAAAAGAAGCUCGAGCAGUAUCAGUGGAAGAUGAAAGAGUGCGACGUCUUGAACGGGACCAAACACACGCCCCCACCCUCCAAAGACCUCCACGAGUUUCCCAAAGACAACCUCAAGGAAACCGUGGUCACGGGAAGCGGGCGGCACCCGCAUUUGGACAAAGUCAAAACCAUAGGCCCAGGUGUCUCGCUGUCACCGCCGUUCUUCUUUAGCAAGUCCCGCGAGAUAGCCAACCUCAUUCGGAACAAGUUCGGCAGUGCGGAUAACAUCGCCCAUCUCAAGAGCUCCAUGGAGACGGGUGGCGGUCUGCAGGCGGAAGGAGGAGGCCGAGUUCUGAGCGGCAGCGCCACGCUAACCUCCAAACACAAAUACCCCAGCGAUGAUGAAUGCUCCACGGAGACUUCAUUAUCGGUAGAGAGUAAUGGUCAUGUGUCUGGAUCGGGUGUUAUGGGACACAACAGCGGGUUUGGGAAGGAAGGGGGCCAAGAGGACAACAGUCGCCUGGCGGAGGCCUGGGAGGAGAUCAGGGAGUUGAGGGAGGCUCAAAAUCUGUUAGCCGAAGACAUCGAGUCCUUGAAGACCCAGUUUAAAUGUGACUUUGAGAGUAUAACACAAACACUACAGGAAGAGCGGUACAGGUGUGAACAGUUGGAGGACCAGCUGAAUGAUCUCACUGAGCUCCAUCAGAAUGAAACGGCUAACCUCAAACAGGAGCUAGCCAGCAUCGAGGAGAAGAUGACCUAUCAGGUUUAUGACAGAGCACGAGAUAUACAGGAAGCGCUGGAGGCCUGUCAGACGCGAAUGGGCAAGUUAGAGUUACAGCAACAGCAGCAGCAGGCCUUGCAGUUGGAAGGCACUGAUGCCAAAGUGUUGCUGGGAAAAUGCAUCAACAUCAUGCUGGCCAUUGUCACCGUCAUCUUGGUGUGCGUCUCCACGGCCGCCAAAUUUUCUGCACCGCUGAUGCGGAGUCGUCUACACGUGUUCGGGACUUUCUUAUGUGUGUGUCUACUGGCGUUCGGCUGGAGUAACUGGGAGCAUUUGACGUGUGCCGUAGAGCGAAUGCUGGUGCCCAGAUGAGGGAUGUUCUCGUUGGAUAAAGUGCUCCCUUCUCAAUGUGACUGGCCCAGGACGAUGGCAUUAAGACUGUGAGAGAGUGUUCAUGAUGUACUGUAGCAGAAACGGGUCCAUCUUUGUGACUGUAUUGUAUUAAAUUAACACGUUUCCAUUUGUCUUCUGUCUUAAAAGCUAAGAUUGACUUUUUAACAGGUUUAUUUUAGAAUUUUAUAGUAGGUAGGUGAUAAUUGUUUAGUUGAAUCUCUGUCAUAUUUUAUUCCAAAAUAAAAAUAAAAACAAUACAAAAUUUGUAAGGAACAUUUUUAAAGUGUUGUUUUUAUUUAUUUUGACUUUUUUUGCUAUGCUACUUUAUAUUUAUAACAAUUGAACAGCACCCCUACAUUAUUAUGUGUAGUUCAUGUGUAAUUGUCAUGAAAAAAAAGGUUUUAGUAAUCACAAUUAAAUACAGUAAUCACGAUUAAUAUAUGCUUUUUUGUCCUUUUCAUUUUGGUAUUGAUACAUGACUGUGGGAUUCUUCUGUUUACUAACGUAAAGCAUUAUUUGUACUGUUCAGAUGGCCUGAAGUUCCUUUUACCGGCACUUUACACGCAGGGCCCAAAUUUGUGAAAUAUUUAAAUGUGGUUGACGUUUUCUGUAGUUUGAGAAGUUGUGCUGAUCAUUUAAUUUUUUGUUUUAUAAUAGAAAUGCCUUCAUUGAAACAAAAACAAACGCUCCUGUUUCAUGUUUAAGUAUAUGCGACACCAUUUGGACUGUGUUCUGUUUUAGUUAGAAUGACAAUUUGUGUUGAAUGGCUUUGUUUAAUCUAUGCUUCAGCGACUCCCACAAUGCAAAGUCUUACACUUAUAUUACCGCUGACAGUUUUGAGUGUUUGCCUGCCUGUGGUUUGACUGAAAAUUGCAUAAGCCACAAAAUCUGAAUUCACCCAUGUCCUUGAACUACUGCUUUGUUUAGAAAUUAUUUUAAAAUACCUUUUUAUGCCCAUGUUUGACUGACAGAAAGACUGUUAUUAUCUCGGCAAUUUUCUGUGAAUACUGUCUGAAUGUUAUGAUCUAACAACAGGACAUUUUUUUAUAGACAUGCUCCAUUGUUUAUCUAAUAGGAAACUCUGACAUUCUCUGAACUGAGAAAUAAAUUGCCUGAUUUUUCUCUAGUUGUUCAUUGUUUUUUUCGAACAUUUCAUGCGUGUGGCGUUUAACAGAACUUUGGUCUUUUAUGGUAAAGCUUCCUUUCUCUAAAUUUAUAUACAGUAUAUUUUGUUUUUACGUAACUAGUGUUGGACUUAAAAGGCAGUCCUGCAUGCUCAAAAAUUUGCACGGAGACGUUCUCCAAAAUUUAACAGAAGUUUAUUAUCAGAUGUAAAAAGGUAACAAAGCUUUGGGUUGUCAACACUCAAUCAUCUAAUGCUUUUAAUUAUGUAGCGUUGUUUCUUAAUCCUAUGAUUCAUUAAAACACAUCACAACUCAUGAUUAUACUUAAAACAAAUGCAGUGGAUUGAUUCAUAACAUUUCUUUUCUGUGUGACUCUUUGUGUGUGUGUGUGUGUGUGUGUGUGUGUGUUGACUUAGUUAAAUUUAUGGUUCCAACCCCCACUUAUCCUGUCUCACUCCGCCCGCCACAGUAACUUUUCACUGAGUAAAAUAGCAAGCACAUGAUAAAAGCACACAGCUUAAUGAUUUAAUGAAAGAAAACACUUAUUGAUUAUAUUGAUAAUUAAAUCAUACUUUUAAUUGAAAAAUAUUUCCACACUAGCCCUAUCUCUCCAGGGUGUUUCCUGUUUAUGACCCGAGAUGCUGGAAUAGACCCCAGCCCUUUUGUAACACUGCAGAGAACAAGCGGGGUCGGACAAUGGGUGGUCUUAAUUUAUGUGCUUGUUAUAUUGUGUAUUUGUCCUGUUUUACUAUAGCUGGUAUUUACCACAUUUUGUUCACAGGCUAUUAACGUUGUUUAGUGACGUUAGAUGUUUGUCGCCCUCUUGUGGUUAAGUGUUUAAUUUAUGCCUGUGAAUUAACUCAUUCUCAUCGAAUACCUAACAAUUCUGUUUUUAUUGCUAAAAUAUAUAUUUUUUAUUUUAAAUACUAAAUGCAUCAGUCAUAAUUAAAGGUUAAGCAGUGCUUAUAAAACAUAGCAAUGCCCAUUUUGUGCGUAGCUACACAAUGUUGCUUACCUGUCAUAAUCAAACCCCUUGUUUUCUUGAUAAAUAGCCAAUUAGAUCAAUUAUCAGUAUAUGUCCUGCACCUGUUUCCAUCAUUACUCACCUCAGUUCUUUUCCUAUGUAAUGCCCUUGUGUUUGCUACUACGAGCUGGUUAUUUGUCGUUGGUACUGCCGAGUUUGGUGUAAUUUAAGCCUAGUAAUCAAUUUUGUUAUACUUUUGGUCUCACAAAAUUGUGAGACCAAAAGGCGGGGUCCCCCCGCCACGUUGGUUUUUGUCUGUGCCUGAUUUUAUUCUGAGCUUGUUUUAAUUUGUUUGUUUUUUAUUUUGGGAAAUUUCAGACAUAAAUGUGACCUUGCAGUCAAAACGUAUAACUUGUGUAGCCGAAACUUUUAGCGAAUGUAUUUAUUAACAAUAUAUUGAAUUAUCUGUUUAUAUAGCCAAAUCCCUGUUAAUAGAGUUCAGACGUCAGAAAAACAUCAAUCAUGCUAAACACGUUUUCUAUUUUGGAUGUAGGAUAGAAACAUGUGUUAUGGAUGUGAGGACACAUGUUUUUGAAAGACUAAAUACUUUGUAGGAAUUCUGUGAAUUAAAAUUCACAGAAGCAAUAAUACCCAACAAAUGGAGAAGAAAUCACACUUCAUAUACAUAAAAUGGUUACAUUUUAAUUUUCAUGUGCCCCUUUAUGAGGAACGUUGACUCUUAUGGAUGUGACAAUUCUGAAAAGAGUGCAUGAUUAUAGAAAACAAAAAAUCCUUUAAAAACUAAGAGAGGUAUUAAAUAUAGUUAAACCACCAAAUGUUUACAUCUGAGCCACCAGUAUAUUGAAAGCCUUUGAUAAAAAACUUUCAUGGUGAGGUUGAUGAAAUUGGCCUUUAAUAGUUAUCAUUUUAAUCAUAAUACUGGGUGUCUUUGUCAACUUCAAAGAUGUAAUUAUUGCAGUGAUACAGAACAUUUUUCACAAUUCAUACAUUAAUUCAAAAAUACAUUGAGUAAAAUAUGCAGUAAAUAAAUGGCACAAGGGCAUUUAGUAGCUUAUUUUAAACGAUACACAAUUGCAUCAAACUUGCAGUUGAC